GCCGCUGUAUUGAAAUAACAGCGCUCCUUUCCUCCUGUGACACAUUUCUUGCUGCCUGUCAGAGCUGUGCCGUCCAGCCUCGGGAGGAGAGCUCAGCUCUCGUCGGCUCGGAGGAACUAAAGAACCAUACGGCCGACCGCUUAUUUUUCGACGAGUUCAUUUAUUUGUUUAGAGAAAUGACUCAGCGUAACACAGCGUUCAAGCUCGCCAGCUAGUGGAGUGUGAUCCGAAAGGAGAGAACAGGGACGGCGGAGAACAUGGAUCUGUCGGAUGGCUUGUUGCUGCAGGUGAACAAUGGAGAACAGUGGUGUAACCGCUGGAAACAUCCCAAUGACGACUCGGACCGCAGCACCAGCCCCUCAGUCCUGCGCUGUGUUGCCAGCACGUGGAAGGAGGGCCUGCUGAACAGAAAGAGGCCCUUCGUGGGCCGCUGCUGUCACUCCUGUACACCGCAGAGCUGGGAGAAACUGUUCAACCCCAGUAUUCCAUCUCUGGGACUACGCAAUGUCAUCUACAUUAAUGAGACCCACACCAGACAGCGGGGAUGGCUGGCGCGCAGGCUGAGCUACGUGCUGUUUGUCAUGGAGAGAGACGUCAACAAGGACAUGUUCACCAGGAACGUGGUGGAUAAUGUGCUCAACAGCAGCGGGGUGGAGUGUGCCAUUGCGGAGGUGGCCUCAGAUUUGGACGCCGCGGGCCGCCACCCGGGCCAAGAGCACAAAGCAAUCAGUAAAGUGAAGCAGAAAGCCAGGGCCUUCCUUCAGGAGAUGGUGGCCAACAUUUCACCGGCCUUCAUCAGGCUGACCGGUUGGGUCCUCCUGAGGCUCUUCAAUGGUUUCUUCUGGAGCAUCCAGAUCCACAAGGGUCAACUGGAAAUGGUCAAGAAAGCUGCUACGGAGCAAAAUGUGCCAAUGGUCUUCCUCCCCGUUCACAAAUCCCACAUUGACUACCUGCUGAUCACGUUGAUCCUGUUCUGUCACAAUAUCAAAGCCCCUCACAUUGCUGCUGGAAACAACCUUAGUAUUCCCAUCCUCAGCACCCUUAUCCGUAAACUCGGCGGAUUUUUCAUACGACGCAGAAUGGAGGAAACGGGCGAUGGAAAGAGAGACAUUUUGUACAGAUCCCUCUUACAUACAUAUACGGAGGAGUUGUUGCGUCAGCAUCAGUUUUUGGAGGUCUACCUGGAGGGUACCCGCUCCCGCAGCGGUAAGCCGUCUACGGCGCGUGCGGGGAUGCUGUCCAUCGUGGUGGACACAAUGUGGACCGGGUCGAUCCCAGACGUGCUGGUGGUGCCAGUUGGCAUCUCUUACGACCGUAUUCUUGAAGGCAACUACAAUAGCGAGCAGCUGGGCAAGCCUAAGCAGAACGAGAGUUUGUGGGGCAUAGCGUGUGGAGUGUUCAGGAUGCUGAGGAAGAACUAUGGCUGCGUCCGAGUUGACUUCAACCAGCCUUUCUCCCUAAAGGAGUACCUGGACUCUCAGAGAAACCGCCAUAUUCCACCGUCAGUGUCCCUGGAGCACACCUUGAUGCCCAUCAUCAUCUCCGCACAGCCUGAUGCUCAGCUUUUUGAGGGGCAGGAAGAAGAGCAGCUGAACAGAGAGCUGCCCAAUGAUAUUUUAAGGCGACAACUUAUUAACAACCUCGCCAAGCACGUCCUCUUCACGGCUAAUAAGUCAUCAGCGAUCAUGUCCACCCACAUUGUAGCCUGUCUGCUGCUGUACCGACACAGACAGGGGGUGGUGCUGUCCAAGCUGGUGGAAGACUUCUUCAAUAUGAAGGAGGAGAUCCUUUCACGGGACUUUGAUCUGGGCUUUUCGGGGAACUCCGAGGAUGUGGUCAUGCGUGCCCUGCACCUGCUGGGAAACUGCGUCAAUGUGACCAGCAGCUCAAAUCGCAACGGAGAGUUCACCAUCGCACCGAGCCAAACUGUACCAGCGCUCUUUGAGCUCAACUUCUACAGCAAUGGCCUUUUCCACGUCUUCAUUUCUGAUGCAAUCAUUGCCUGCAGCAUCCUGUCCCUGCAGCGAGAGCUGCUUGCGGAAUCUGAGUCGGAUCAACCGGCUGAUGGUUCCAGCAGCCCCCCUCUCAGUCAGGAGAGACUCAUCCGCAAGGCCGCCGGGCUCUCUCACUUUCUUGUGAAUGAGGUGUCGGUUGCACCACCCUGUCAGACUAUUUACCAGGUUUUUCAUGAUGCAGUGACCCGGCUGAUCCAAUAUGGAGUUCUCUACGUAGCAGAGGAGGACCACGAAGAACUGAGUCCCAGUCCCACGGAGGAACCCUGGCCCAAAAAGUUCCCAGAGCCCCUUUCAUGGAGAAGCGACGAGGAGGACGAGGACAGUGACUUUGGAGAAGAGCAGAGGGAUCGCUACUUAAAGGUGAGUUUUUCCGCAGAGCACCAGGAGUUCUUCGUCUUCCUGCAGCGGCUCGUCAGCCCGGUGCUGGAGGCCUACAGCGGCGCUGCAAUCUUUGUCCACAGUCUGAGUCAGCCCAUGGCUGAGUCUGAGUACACCCAGAGGCUCUUCAGAUACCUGCUCACCCGCACAGAGAGAGGAGUGGCCGCUUAUGGUGAGAGUGCAACUCAUUAUCUGGUCAAGAACACCGUGAAGACAUUCAAAGAGCUCGGGGUGCUGAAGCAGAGAAGAGAGAACCAGGUGACUACUGUGGAGCUGAGCAGCACCUUUCUACCUCAGGCCAACCGGAACAAACUCCUGCAGUACAUCUUAGGUUUCGCCCUGCUGUGAUCGACACACCUUUCAGCCCAGCCGGGACCGCAGGCUCCUUCCAAUAAAGGGCUUCUACUGGUUACUUCUAAACAAUCCCAGGUGCUAGUCUGUGGAAAGCUUUACCAGGAAGUGCCUUCAUGCAACAGGAAGAGACUUGAAGACAGUCUUCCCUUUUUGUUCCAGUAUCUGACUCCCAACUUUGCGGCCGAUAAAACACAUGUAUCGUUCUUUGAAGAGGUACCGCUAGGGAUCAUCCUCUUUGGGAACUUUGACAUUGAAGACAUGAGGUUUUAAUAUCAUAUACAUUUUUAACUUAAUCAUAAAAUAUACUCAAGGAGGAUAGUUAAUAAGAAUUACUUUUACAGCAAUCUGAACAAAGCAAGCUGCCCUUCGUCUAUUCAAGUAAUCCAGCAAAAUAUGCAUAGAGAAUAAUUAUUAACAUAAACAACAAAGGCAUUUUUAUGUUGUCUGCUUGUUUUUAAACGGCUGUAUUCUCUCCAGUGCACACCACUAUAAUAGAGUAGAAAACAUGUCUAAUGUAGUGAAAAGGCUGAUUGUGAAAACAAAUCCUUGUACAUAGGCCACAAGAGCAAGUGUCUCAUCUGUAGUGCUUUUAGAUUCUUUCACUCUGGUGUCAUUAACUUUAAAAUGUAGGCACAUUAGAUAGAAAGAUUUUUUUUUCCUGCAAAAAUCAUAUGUAUCCAAAUCUUAAUUUGCUGAAUUAGAUAGUGAAAUCUAAUCCUCCUCAUAGACAAAGAUAAUUGAUUAUACUCCACAGUUCAUAUAUAUCAAUGAUAUAUGCAGAAAAUUAGUCCAGCCGUGCAAAAAUAUCUACUUGGGAAGCGUAAAAUGUACCUGUUGAAAGUCCAGCGCAGUGCAAGCCUGAAAUCACAAGCCUCUCGAGUCACGUGCGUUCAAACCCCUCAUUUCUAAGUGCAUUCACUUCCACCUUUUGGUCAUCGUAUUUUGAUGACAAGUCACUUUGAUCUCUUUGCAUAACAGCUUUUUCACCUGUUGAUCAAUGUAACGUUGCAAAGCCCUUAGACCAUUUAAUACCAGCCAUCACACGUUGCUGAGGGAGCAGCUUUGCUACAAUGGACAGGCAUUUUUUUAACAAAUAGUCCAAUUAAGCAAGACAAUUAAGUGUUGGCAAAGUGGUGUCUCUGUUGUACUGGUGAAGAAAAGCGAGGAUGUCUUUCUCCUUUGGAUGCUUUUAAAUGCAAACUACUGAAAAACAAAAUAAUAGUCCCUAACCGUCAGGUUAAUCUAUUCUUUAUUUUUCUUUGUUUAGUGCGUCACACCUUUCAAAGUCGUUUCAGCGUUUGUUCCAAGUGACGUAAACUUAAAAAGAAAAGAAAUGGUGUCUGAGAGGCUGGGAGUUGAAUAUCUGAACAGCAAGAGACCACAUCGAAAGCAGACAAAAAAGAUAAUAAAUAAACUCUUUGUGCAUUUUAGCUGCUUAACAAUUAUCCUUUUUCAUUUUUGCUGAAAAAUAAGACUAGAAAAAAAAAUAAACAACUAAGUUGAGGAUGGUGUCUGUGUGAACACCAAAACAAAAAGACUGCAUGUGUUUGGAAAGGGUGGG